AUGGCCUCCCUCGCCCCGGCCAUGACCUCGAGUAGCCACGAUGCGCUGCACGCCGACGUAAAAUCCACUCCUGGCUUGGCCAGUGGAGGAGCCGCUGCUGGAGACGAUAUUCUCGUUGUCGAUGGGGAUUCGACGCUUAGCCUAGGGCCGGAUUCCCUACUGCUAACAAGAUCGACACCCACGAAACCGAAAAGGACCUGCGGUUUUGGUCCCACGAAACCAACCUCCAACGCCAAAUCGAUACCCCUCUACAACGUUCUCUGGGCCGAGCUAACCUCUCCUACCACCCUCACCAUCGACUACGCCGACCAAACAGCCCCCAAGAAGCUGCGCGUCGCGAACUUGACACUCUCUGUUCAAGAUGACCACGCCGACGCCGCCCGCCGCUGGACCGACAACCUAUUGGAGAGAGCCUACGGCCCCGCGAAGUUGCGCAAGCGCGCAAAAGUUCUGGUGAACCCCCAUGCCGGUCCCGGAGGAGCCGAUAAACUCUGGGAUCAUGAGGCGAAACCCAUCUUCGAAGCUGCGCGCAUGGCGCUGGACGUGGUGCGGACGAAGUACUCGGGCGAGGCCAUCGAGAUUGCCCAGGGGGUCGACAUAGACGCAUUCGAUACCAUUGUCGCCUGUUCCGGCGACGGCCUGCCGCACGAGAUCUUCAACGGGCUGGGAAAGAGACCCGAUGCGCGUAGGGCCCUGGGCAAGUUGGCUGUGUCGCAUAUCCCCUGCGGGUCCGGGAACGCCAUGAGCUGUAACCUAUACGGCACUCACCGGGCGUCGUUUGCCGCUCUCGCCAUCGUCAAGGGAGUCUCGGCGCCCUUGGACCUCGUGAGCAUCACGCAGGGAGACAAUCGCAUACUGAGCUUCCUGAGUCAAGCUUUGGGAACGGUUGCCGAGAGCGAUCUUGCGACGGAACAUCUCCGAUGGAUGGGAGGGGCUCGUUUCACAUACGGCUUCCUCGUGAGGCUGUUCAAGAAGAAGGUGUAUCCAUGUGAUAUCGCUGUCAAGGUCGAGAUCGAGGACAAAGAUGGUGUGAAGGAACAUUAUAAACGUGUGCGUAGCUAUCACUCGCUACAUGCCUUGGCGAACGGCAAUGGGAACGGGAAUGCGAGUGGAAAUGGGCACGGGAACGGCAGCAGCAACAGCCUCAAACCGAAGGUCGAGGAGGCUGAUUCCGGAUCUAGCGUAGCGGCAACCUCGUCGGCGUCGAACGAUGAGGGCCUACCGCCGUUAGAGUACGGCACCGUCAAGGAUAAGUUGCCCGAAGGCUGGGAGCUUGUCUCUUAUGACAACAUGGGCAACUUUUAUUGCGGAAACAUGGCAUACAUGGCCCCCGACGCCAACUUUUUCAGCGCCGCCUGCGCCAACGACGGACUCAUUGACCUCAUCUGUAUCGACGGCGACGUAUCCCCCGCCACGUCGAUCAACCUCUUACUUUCCGUCGAAAGCGGCAAGUUCUUCGACAACCCACACGUGUCGUACCGCAAGAUCAAGGCCUUCCGCAUCACCCCGCGGAACCAGGAAGACGGCUACAUCAGCAUCGACGGUGAGAGGGUGCCGUUCGAGCCGUUCCAGGCCGAGGUGCACAGGGGUCUCGGCACGGUGAUUUCGAAGAGCGGGGGUUUCCAGGCGCCUGGGCCGAGGGAUUGGGAUAGCGUUACCAUGGCUGAUAGGCUUUUGGCGUAG